AUGGUAAAAGAUGAAAUGACCAGAAAAAUGCUGGAUGACGGCGAAAGCAUUGAUAUAAUAUAUCAUAUAUUACUGAAAAAAGUCCAAGAAAAACCUACGGGAGAAAUUGUUCAUUACAUUCCUCAUCAAGUUGUAAUCAAGGAAAAUUGGGUUGACAGUACUGCUGUACUUUAUUGGCUGAAGGAAAGAGCCAGUUGGUCACAAUUUGUAAGAAACCGAGUUCAGCAAAUCUUAUUAAAUGUAGAAGUAAAAUGGCUUUAUGUCCCAACAAAAGAAAACCCUGGCGAUCUUGGAACAAGAGGAGUGAGUCCGGAAAAGUUUUCAAGCUUCUGGUUCAAUGGUCCAAUAUGGUUGAGUUAUAAAGAAAAUUGGCCAAACCAAUCGGAAAUAUUUGAUAAGUCAUAUGGCACAUUAUGUGAAAGUAUUGCUUUAAAGGAGAACGUCUGGAUGGUUACAGAAGAAAUAAAGGAAAAUCGCACUUUUAAAGAAUUGUGGAAUAAAUAUAAUUAUUGGAAGAUUUUAAGAAUAUCGUCGUUUAUGAAAUGGUUCAUUUACAAUUGUCGCAAUAAAGAAAAAAUAGUCGGACCAAUAAAAAUGGAAGAGAUGAUAGAAGCCGAAACGGUCAAUAUUAAACAUCUACAAAGAUCUGUUGAGCUAAAAGCCAAUGUGGAACUUAAGCAGGAUGAAAAGAAUCUUUGGAGGUGUCAUGGAAGAGUUACUGGGUAUAGCUCAAUACUUAUACCAAAAGGGUUCUUACUAACUCUACGAAUUAUUGAGCACCAUCACACCAAAACCUUACACGGAGGAGUCGGAGAUACCAUGGGUAGCAUAAGAGAAAGAUUCUUGAUACCGAGUUUGAGAAUGGCCGUCAAAAAAGUUAUUCGUAGUUGCAAUUUAUGUAAAGGGUACAGAGUGAAGGCUCUGUUACCACCAACAAAAGAAAUGUUACCGCACUUUAGAACUGACAAUGUUGAACUAUUUGCAGUUAGUGAUGUUGAUUUCGCCGGACCGUUAAAGUAUAAAGUACCAAAAAUUUCGAUUAAAAAAUGCUAUGUUGCACUUUUUACAUGCGCAAGUACUAGAGCCGUCUAUCUUAAACUUUGUCAUGACCUAUCAGCAGUAGAAUUUCAGAACAUUUUAAAAGAAUUUGAUGCGAGGAAAGGACCACCUCAGAUGAUAAUCAGUGACAAUGCGAAAACAAUUGAGGCAACUUGGAAGUGGUUACUUACACUUAAAAACGACAAAGAAUAUUGCCAACUAUCUUGCUAUACAAGCUAUAAAAUGGAGGUUUAA